AUGGACAAUGUCAGAAGAAGAGCCUGGGCAGGCUCAUUGAAUCUGCGUGUCACAGUUCACCCUGAUCUAACUUUGAAUUCCUCAAACGAGCCCGAGCACAUCAUUAGUUUUAGAGUACCGAGAGAAAUAUAUCUCGUUCUUUAUUUCCCCUAUAUCCUUGAAAGAGUAGCUCCUGAGCUGAGAACUAAUGUCACAGACUUUUACAAUGGAUGGUGGCUUGAAAUGGAGGGCGUUCCGUUGUCGUGGAAUUUCCCUGCAGGCGUUUUGUUUGACUCUCUGACGGGGCUGGACCCUGCGCUGAGGUCUUCAAGGCACCGGCACAACAGCCUCAAUGUCUGGGAACUGACGUUACGACAUGAAGACCAGUGCCCAACAAACGUAAUUCCAAUCGUUCGGGGAAGAGACCAGGUUCGUGAGUUUUGGAUGCAUCAGUGGAAGCAAGCUUGUUUCAUCUUGAAUGGCGCUUCUAAACAGGUGAUGUCACUAUCGAAGCCCGACACAAUGAAGUUUUGGGAUAGUAUUCUUCGGCGGGACCAGAAUAGUUUUGACACAAUUAAGGAGAAGAUUUUGCCGACUUUCGAUAACACACGAUAUGUUCCUCUGAGAGUUCACCUCGCAUUGCCCCAAAUUAGGUUUCUGGAGCCACAGGCGAAAGUUCAGCACAAUAAUGGGCACAUAAGGUUGGGAGAUGUAUUGAGCAGCGAGUUUCCUGAAUGGUUCCCGAAUGACUCUUCCACGCCUAAUCUUGCAAAAGCCGUUAUACAGGGCAUAGAAGUCCCGUUACAGCUGUCAGUGUGGUAUCUUUAUCAAGAAUUGUCGAGCUUCGACGGUUUUCUACAUGUUUCACUUUGCCUGAUGACUGAAGACGCGUCUUUGACUUCACGUAGCUGA